GCACGACGAUGCGGGGAAAUUACAGGGAAAAAAACAGGGAAGGGAAAAAAAAUAGCGAUAACGCCUCGAGAAGUGCCAGCCGAUGAAACCAAAUAUUUCAUUCCUCAAGCCAAGUCUCGGGAGUGGACACUGCCGAAUCCAAUCCCACUGGGGGAACCUGUGGACAAGAUGGCCAGGCGGACGGUUUUGACGGGAGGGAUGCGUCGGAAGCCUGUGGAUCCUGUCCGUCAUGGUUUAGUUGAUGGAGACACAGAGCCGGAUUGCCCGUUCUCACUGGGCAAGGACGAUCGAUGGUCGUCAACGACUAAAGCAGCCGGUGCAGGCUGCUCGCAGCAAGAGGGGGACUGUUCUCGACUGCUCCUCCUGAGCGUGCUGGCCAGAGGAGUCGACUGUUCGAACGUUGACGAAUCUUGCGUCCUUGUCACAAUGUGA